GGUGACGUCAUCGGGAUGGGCAGUCCCUUGGCUCCGCCCCAUCUGGGAACCUGUGCGCGGUUUCGCCUCUGAAAUGAGGGAACGACAGGGAGGACAACCAAGGAAAUAAGGUGACUCCAGAAAACACUAUUUUCAUGCAAGGUUUGCAAUCUGAUCUGCAAGCCCAUGUAAGUCGUGUUGAGUGACGUAUGAAAGAGGGCCCUUCAUCUUCCUCAUGUCACAUGGUGCAGCCUUCCAACGCCGCGCUGAGCCAGCUCGCCAGCCGCACCGGUAUGACUCCGUCCCCCGAGACACCCUGCCCCGCUACUACGACCCCGGACCCCCGAGGGACCGCCAGACGCCCCCGCCACUAGCCGCCAGCGCCGACCCCCUCCCCCCGCCGCCGCUGCCCCACCAGCCCGCCGUCGGCCCCGAAGGGGACCCCGGGGACGGCGAGGGCGACCUGGACCCCCCCGACCCGGCCCUGGACAUCGACCUCAAGCCCGUCCACCGCUUCGUGCCGGACUCCUGGAAGAGCUUCUUCUCCCGGGGCAGCAGCAGCGGCCGCAGCAGCAGCAAGCCCUGGCCCAUGUCCGCCCCGGCCUCCGCCCUCGCCUCGGCCCCGCCCUCCGCCCUCGCCUCGGCCCCGCCCUCCUCCGCCUCCUCCAACAACAACAACUCGAGCGAGGGCGUGCGCUGCUCGCCGCCCCACUCCCCCGUGCCCGGGUCCUACCGCGACCCGUACGGGGGCGGCUCGGGGGGGGCCAGCAGCUUCAACUCGCGCCGGGAGCUCCUGGACCCGCGCGGGUCCCUGUCGGGCCAGACGCAGCGCACGGGGAUGACCUACAGCGAGCGCGUGGAGGAGUACCACCAGCGCUACGCCUACAUGAAGUCCUGGGCCGGCCUGCUGCGCAUCCUGGGCUGCGUGGAGCUGCUGCUGGGCGCGGCCGUGUUCGCGUGCGUGUGCGCCUACGUGCACAAGGACAACGAGUGGUUCAACAUGUACGGCUACUCCUCGCCCGGGGGGGGCUACGGCGGCGGAGCGGGGGGGGCGUACGGGGGCUACGGCGGCUACGGCGGCGGCAGUUACUACACGGGGCCCAAGACCCCCUUUGUGCUGGUGGUGGCGGGGCUGGCCUGGCUGGUGACGGUCAUCAUGCUGGUGCUGGGGAUGACCAUGUACUACCGCACCAUCCUGCUGGACUCCCACUGGUGGCCGCUGACCGAGUUCACCAUCAACCUGGCGCUGGCCGUCCUCUACAUGACCGCAGCGAUCAUCUACGUCCGGGACACCACCCGCGGGGGCCUCUGCUCCAACCCGGUGUUCAGCAACCCCAUCAACGGGGCCUUCUGCCGGACAGAGGCGGGCCAGACGGCCGCCAUCAUCUUCCUGUUCCUCACCAUGCUGCUCUACCUGAUCGGCGCCUUGGUCUGUCUGAAGCUGUGGCGCCACGAGGCGGCGCGGCUGUACCGCGAGAAGUACGGCGUCCAGAUGCAGGCAGCUGAGGUGGUUGAUGCCCAUGCCUUGACGGUGCCCCUGUCGGCGACCAAGCCCCCGGUGCAGGUCUCUGAGAGCACCGUGGUGCCCAUCCGGGCAGGGCCACGCCAAGGGCCCCCCCAGAUCCUGCAGGGGGCCAUCCCGUCCGGACACAUCCCCAAGCCCGUCAUCAUGCCCGACUACAUCGCGAAGUACCCGACCGUCCGCGCGGACGAGGAGCGCGACCAGUACCGCGCCGUGUUCAACGACCAGUACGCAGAGUACAAGGAGCUGCACGCCGAGGUGCAGGCCGCACUCAAGAGGUUCGACGAGAUGGACGCCAUGAUGCGCACGUUGCCCCAGCAACCCAGCAGCCAGAUGGAGUUGGAUCGCAUCAACAGAAUUCUUCAGGAUUACAAGAAGAAGAAAAAUGACCCGACGUUCCUGGAGAAGAAGGAGCGGUGCGACUACCUUAAGAACAAACUGGCCCACAUCAAGCUGAAGAUCCAGGAGUACGACAAGGUCAUGGAGUGGAACGACGGCUACUAAAACACCGCCCAGAGCGUGGACUAGAAGGUGUUCUCAGUACGGACGAUGUACGAGUACAAUUGAAACACUACGGAAAACGUGAACUAGAACGUGAUUAUAGUUUGGACGAUCUACGACUACAGUCGAAACACUACGCAGAACGUGAACUAGCACGGUUUAUUAGUUUGGAUUAUCUACGACUACAGUCGAAACACUACGCAGAACGUGAACUAGCACGGUUUAUUAGUUUGGAUUAUCUACGACUACAGACACUACGCAAAACGUGAACUAGAACGUGUUUGAAAAAUAACAUGCUUUUGAUUGGAGGAUGUGAUCAAAAUAUCAACCAAGCGUUGAACAGAAGUUGCUGGGUGUAUAAUUGGUGGUUGCUGUUAAAAUACCUGGGAACGGGCUGCCUAGAAGUGCCUUUGAACAGGUUUUAAGGGUGUGAUGUUUUACUGUAGGCGACAGUGAAAGUGGACCUACCUAUCUGAACGAGGACUUUAAAAGGACAUGGUUGUUAUGUACUUUUUGUGUUGUUUUAGUUUGGUUUAAAUUGCUGGCUGGCAAGCGUUGUCUUCUUGUCUAGUGGUGGGCAGAUUGGAGCUGUAGUGCUGAGGUUUGCUAUUGUUAGCCCAAAGACACAUGACAGAACGUUAUAGAUCUGGGCUGUUGCUUCGUGCCCUGUGUUAAAGGGACCUGAUUCUAACCCCAAAUGGGAUGUCAGUUAGCCACGAGAAGAGAAUUCAAAAUCGACCCCAUAUAGGCACAUCAAAAGUGGUAGUGACCGACUAGAUGAUUGAUGGGCACAUCAGCCUAUCACUUGGUGCAGUCCACUCUGGCAAAUCAACAGCCCACACAGGGGCAAACGAUUGCCUCUCUAAUGGCUCUUUUUGGACGACAAUGGAGGUCUACGGCACUGAGCUUUUGUCCUUUGCUAUUCAGGGGACGACUGACAAAAAUGCAAGCACUGAGAUGAUGUUUUAACUGUUAAUACCUAAAAUGGUCUGAAUAUGCUACGAUUACAAUAUAUGCACCACAUGGGGACCUAUUAUUUUGUUAUCGUAGCAAGCUUCACCCCUCAUUUCAUAAAUGACGCUGGAAUCCAAUGUGAAUGUUUUAAUUAUGCUGUAGCAAUUAGAGUGAGAACACUGAAAAGCAAAUUAACCAAAGGGGUUCCAAGAGACAUUGCUGAACCGAAUGCUGUGCGACCCUGUGACCCUUAAUGCUGCAAUUCCUUCGGUUCGUUCCUUAAUUUUGUUUCAUUCCAAGCUCUCCUGGUUUACUAGACAGUUUGGUUGCUUUUGUGGAUGACGCUAGCAUGAAAGAUUAAAUAUUGAAAUAUUGUUUGAUAUAUUUGUGUGUGUGUGUGUGUGUUUACUAUGUAUUUUGGUUUGUAUUUCUCACAUGCUUGCUUGGUUCUUCCAUUUCAUGUGAUGUCAAUGAUAGUCCCACUUAUUGCUAGUGCUUUUUUGACUGCCCUAAUAAUACACUGUUUAUUUUGUUCUUCAUUUUACCUUCCAUCUGAACCACUGUUGUGACAUGGCAUGAAUUUUGGACCUUUUGAUCUAUUUCCAAAUCAAAACAGUUUGCAAACCAUUUAAGUGCUUUUUUGUUGGAAUUAAUUGCAUUAUCUUGUGUAUCCUUGGUGAGUGUAGGUGCAUUUUGUGUCUCCUAAUACAGGCUUAUUUAUGCACUUUUUGACAGGGAUUGAACUAACAGUUGGGCAUGACUUAUUUACACUUUAAAAUCUGCUUCCCCCAAAAGGUUUCAAAUGUGUAUUUUAAAGUUCAACUCUCUUAAAAAAUAAAUAAUCAUUUUAGAGA